AGCAAGAUGAUGCAGCAAGAACAGCAAGCACAACGGCCGUUGUGGGCACGGGCAGGGAUCUUCCGUAUCCGGAAGAUCAUCGCUGGAGAAGGCAGCAGCUAGCUGAGGGUGCUGGAGCAGCAGUAAUUUUAAGCCCCCUCGUCCGGCACAAUUCUGCCAGAAACGAGCGGAAGAGUGAGAUGCUGGCGAUAAACAAUCCGCUGCUCGGAACCACAACUGUAGAAGAGCAAAGCAAACCGCCGAACCGCGCUGGUUCUCACACAGCGCUCGAUCAAACUGGAAUGGACGGUGACGGAGAAGAAAUAUCAAACGUAAAAACUUGAGGCAUCUUCUGCGCCCACCCCUCACUCUCAAAUCGAAUGGGAUAGGAUACUAGACACAAGGACGAGCUACACAGUUGAGCGGCUUAUCAAAACAUGUUGGCGGUGGAGCCUUGUAUUUUCUGGUCAUUGUGCAAGAGCAAGUGCGGUUUUCUGCACGUGUUGUAUCAAGAUCGCUGUACCGGUGCUCUCAUUUGACUAGAAGCUAUCCUCCUGGCUCCUAAGUAGCUGGCGAGAGAAGUUUCAAACAAGGUUCCGUAUCCGUUCCGGCACGAAAUAAUCGCCAAUCCAUGACCACACUUGCAUCAAAUUGCGCCUUGUUGCAUAUUAUCCCCAUUGAUUUUGCUACGUGUUUGAGUAGACGGGUUGAAGUGAUAUGUCAAGUCUUGAAACUGCAUAAAAUUUUGAGUACGAAGAACAAGACAGCGAGACGAAGGGCGGAGGCGCACAUGACGGUACUACGUGUUUGAUGUUCGUACUUUUCUUCGACGCCCCCAUUGCAAGUGGUCAGCACGGUGAACAAGGCUUCGCUAAUGGCGGGUGCAAUCCUGUCACGACCAGAGUCAUAUAUUUUUAUUUAUGGUCCUUUACGAAAGAUAAAAUACAUGACUUUUUGCCGAAAAACUGCGCUUUUUUGAAGUAGAGCAUACCGUCGUGGGCCGCGGAAAGAAAAUUGAAAAAAUUGCAACAAAAUGUGAAAAAUUGCUUAGCUGAGAACUUUCCUCGAUGGAUUCUUAGCGCGACGGCAUUAUCGUUUUUGAAGUUUGGAUUUGUACUCUGGGAAAGAAGAAUGCGGCAACUUUUGCAACAAAAGUUGGAUUUUUUCCAAGUACAGCAUACCGUCGGGGGCCGCGGAAAGGAAAUCUACAAAAAAGCAAGAAAAUUUUGCAGAUUUCCUAGCUGCGAAUCCGCUGCGAAAAAUUCUUAAUACGACGGUGCUCUCUUUUUGAAAGUUUCUAUUUGAACUACACGAGAGACAAAAUACAUGAGUUUCUGCAGAAAAGCGGCGUUUUUUUGAAGAAGAGCAUACCGUCGUGGGCCGCGGAAAGAAAAUUGACAAAAUUGAAACAAAAUGUGAAAAAUUGCUUAGCUGAGAACUUGCCUCGAUGGAUUCUUAGCACGACGGCACUAUCGUUUUUGAAGUUUAGAUUUGUAUUGUGCGAAAGAAGAAUGCGGCAACUUUUGCAACCAAAAUUGGCUUUUUUCCAAGUACAGCAUACCGUCGGGGGCCGCGGAAAGGAAAUCUCAAAAAAGCAAGAAAAUUUUAAAGAUUUCCUAGCUGCGAAUCCGCUGCGAAAAAGUCUUAACACGACGGCGCUCUCUCUUUUGAAAUUUCUAUUUAAACUCUACGAGAGACAAAAUACAUGACUUUUUACAGAAAAGCGGCGUUUUUUUAAAGUAGAGCAUACCGUCGUGGGCCGCGGAAAGAAAAUCGACAAAAUUGAAACAAAAUGUGAAAAAUUGCUUAGCUGAGAACUUGCCUCGAUGGAUUCUUAGCACGCCGGCACUAUCGUUUUUGAAAUUUAGAUUUGUACUCUGGGAAAGAAGAAUGCGGCAACUUUUGCAACAAAAAUUGGAUUUUUUCCAAGUACAGCAUACCGUCGGGGGCCGCGGAAAGGAAAUCUACAAAAAAGCAAGAAAAUUUUGAAGAUUUCCUAGCUGCGAAUCCGCUGCGAAAAAUCCUUAACACGGCGGCGCUCUCUUUUUUGAAGUUUCUAUUUGAACUCUACGAAAGAUAAAACAAGACAUGAAUUUUUACAGAAAAGCUGCGUUUUUUAAAGUAGAGCAUACCGUCGUGGGCCGCGGAAAGAAAAUCGACAAAAUUGAAACAAAAUGUUGUGAAAAAUUGCUUAGCUGAGAGCUUGCCUCGAUGGAUUCUUAGCGCGGCGGCAUUAUCGUUUUUGAAGUUUAGGUUUGUACUCUGGGAAAGAAGAAUGCGGCAACUUUUGCAACAAAAAUUUGAUUCUUUCCAAGUACAGCAUACCGUCGGGGGCCGCGGAAAGGAAAUCUACAAAAAAGCAAGAAAAUUUUGAAGAUUUCCUAGCUGCGAAUCCGCUGCGAAAAAUUCUUAACACGACGGCGCUCUCUUUUUUGAAAUUUCUAUUUGAACUAUACGAAAGAUAAAAUACGUGACUUUUUGCAGAAAAGCUGCGUUUUUUUAAAAUAAAGCAUACCGUCGUGGGCCGCGGAAAGAAAAUUGACAAAAUUGAAACAAAAUGCAAAAAAUUAAUUGCUUAGCUGAGAACCCAGGCUCGAUGGAUUCUUAGCGCGACGGCAUUAUCGUUUUUGAAGUUUAGAUUUGUACUCUGGGAAAAAAGAACGCGGCAACUUUUGCAACAAAAGUAGGCUUUUUUCUAGGUACAGCAUACCGUCGGGGGCCGCGAAAAGGAAACCUACAAAAAAGCAAGAAAAUUUGGAAGAUUUCCUAGCUGCGAAUCAGCUUCGAAAAAUUAUUCACACGACGGCGCUCUCUUUUUAAAAGUUUCUAUUUGAACUAAUAUGCGAAAGAUAAAAUACAUGAGUUUUUGCAGAAAAGCUGUAUUUUUUUGAAGUCGAGCAUACCGUCGUGGGCCGCGGAAAGAAAAUCGACAAAAUUGAAACAAAAUAUGAAAAAUUUCUUAGCUGAGAGCUCGCCUCGAUGGAUUCUUAGCGCGGCGGCAUUCUCGUUUUUGAAAUUUAGAUUUGUAUUGUGGGAAAGUCCUAUAAUGCCGCUCGGUGAGACUGGGAACGCCAGCAUGCACCUUGUGGUGUAGUAUUUUUCCUUGCAGAAGCAUAAUUUUGUUCUUUUCUUCAAAUAAACAGAAUAUUUCAAACUCAUAUUUCAUUCCAGUGCCGCGACCGCAGAUACCUGCGUUUGGCUUUCCCGCAGUCACUUUGCAGUCCGAGAAUUCAGAGGAUCCCUACCCCGGGGGGCGUGGCAGUAGCAUGGUGUCCUACCCGGAUGACGGGGCACAUCCAGAGGCGUACCGAAGCACUUUGUCCUACCCCGCAAGCCAGAACGAGCAGCCGGAGCCGGCCCCGGCUGUCGAUGCUGCGAAUAUGGACAGAGCAGUCGAACUUCCGCAACCAAGCUCUAUCACCGGC